AUGAGCGACCCUGGCGCCAUCCGCGCCCCUUCCAAGGUCCAUGGAGGCGAUACCGAGAAGGGAAGCGACAGCUUCCAGCAGACGGCGUACGAGAAUGAAAAUAUCCAGGGUUUGGAGACGUCUCCCGAGACGGCGCUCCAUCGCGGCCUGAAAGCGCGUCACAUCAGCAUGAUUGCCAUCGGCGGCGCGUUGGGCACCGGUCUCUUGGUCAACAGUGGCAAGGGUCUCGCUCAGUCAGGACCCGGCUCCAUUUUCAUCUCGUUUACCCUCCUCGGGGCGCUCGUGUUCGCGGUGCUGGCGAGCGUCGGAGAGAUGGCAGCCUGGUUCCCGUUGAGCGCCGGAUUCACCGGAUAUGCGUCGCGAUACUGUCAUCCAUCUCUUGGGUUCGCGACAGGAUGGACGUAUGUGCAGACCCCUUGA